AAUGCCAGUUAUCGGCAUUUCUCUCCUCACGAGCGGUCACGCUGAUAGCUCGAGAGGAGAGCCAGGCACUGAUGAUCAGUGUGGCCCCAGAAGUGCCACCUCUCAGUGUCCGCCAGUGCCCAUCAGUGCCACAUCAAUGCCACAGAUCAGUGCCUACCAGUGCACAUCAAUGCCACAGAUCAGUGCCAAUCUGAGCUGUCUUUCAGUGUCACCCAUCAGUGCCGCCAAUCAGUGCCACCUAUCAGUGCUGCCAAUCAGUGCCGCCUAUCAGUGUGCAUCAGUGCCGCCU